UUUGUAUUUCUUUUUUUUCUAGUGGUAACACAAUAACAUUGUUUGUAUUUCUUUUAAUGUAAAUAAUCGUUGUUUUGAAACACUUUUAUUGGCCUUCCUUUGUUUUUCGUUGCUUGUAUGGAACUUUGGUCUGAAAGAUACCACCAAAUAAUACAUGAUGUUUUUCUUGUUACAAUGCGUCGUACAGCGUUGGUCAUAUUAUUUUUUUGUGCAUUCACUUGUGAAUAAAUAAACCCCAAUUCACUUUUAUUUAAUAAACAUAUAAAGUUUUGGAAAAAUUUGUUUGUCCAGAAAAUAAAGCGAACUUCUAACGAUGCAACACGCGUUGCGGUUUUCAUGAGAACGGAAUCCAGUGUCGAAAAUAACGCUUUCUACAGGACCGAAAUUUGUAGAUAUGGCUUUGCUUUUCGACCUUACCAGUUAUUGGCCUGGAAUUGUCAAUGGUAUGUGUCAAUAAUGACAUAAAACAUGCAUUCGUGUGCUCAAAAAUGGCUUUUAAAAUACAAAACCUAGAACAGUUAGUCGGAAUUGCCCCACCAUUUAAAACACAAUUACAUCGGAAGUUGUCAAUGAAACGAAAAUCGUUAUCGCCAUCAAGAACAGUGUAUAUAGAAGUCAAAUUUUAUGUGCCCAUUCGGGUUCACACCAAGUAUCAACAGUGGCGCAAAGUUUUUGUGACUGUUGGACCCUGUUGGUUUUUUCUUGUGAAAAAGAGUAUCUGCUAGACUGAAGCUUUGAAGUUUUGUGCAGUUUCCUGGUUUGAAAGAAUUGAAUUUUCGACAUGGAAGGUAGAAAGUCUCUCUGCAGAAAUACACCUACCAUUCAGAAGUACAGUUCUCACGAGUUUGAUAACUUGAAAGAUGCAGUGAGAAAAAAGUCACCGUGCAAUGUGUUAGUUGGCGUUAUUGAAAAAAUAAUGGCUUUGAAAAAUGUUUUGGUUAUUAAAGUAGCUGAUGGCACUUGUGAAGCAUUUGUUCGUGUCCAGGAGUACUGCGACAAAUUAUCCAAAUAUAUCAGCUCUGGGGAUAUAUUGUACCUAAAAAAAAUAACUUUUGAUGAGGAUAAAAUGGGAGAAUUUGCCAAAAAAUCAUUGAUUUCGAAACAUUCAAACAUGGUGUUACCAUAUCCAGAGCAUUGGAAAAAAAUGUUUUAUUUCGAACAUUUGGAGGCACUUCAUUCGUUUAUCUACUGCAAUUAUAAUAUUGUUAAAAAUACAUCUGAUAACGACGAAAGCGAAUGGAGCAUCUUUUCCUUUAGCGAAAAAGAUCCAGAGUUCAUUAUCACAAUUGCAUCCGAUGAAGCGCCAGCGCACAUGGAGGAAAUGAAUUCAAUGCAGAAAGAUAACCUGGUUCAAAUUCAAGAAGAAGAAAGCACUUCGGAAUACGAGCCCAGCUCAUUGGAUAGUGAAUCAGAAAAAGAAAGAGAAGAUCAACAUCUUAUAAUGUAUCAUAAAGCUAAGAAAAGAAAACAGUCUGAUGUCAACAAAAACACUGCAACUAACAGAAAGAAUGGAAAAAAGGAGAGUGGGAAGAUGGAAACAUCAGACUCCGAAGAGGACAUCUUCUCUCAACGCAAGACAAAGAAACUAAGACAAGCAGAGCAAGCUGCGGAGUACCAGCCACAAGACAUUAUUUGUAAAAAGCGUGAAUUUCAACACCGCUUAAAAAAAAGGAAUGCCCCUCUUAGAAAAGUGAAAACCGAAUUGCAAUUGAAGAAGCAGAGAAAGAAAGUUGAAGAACUCGUUUCCCAACAUUUGGGUUCUGCUGAUGCUAUAACACAGCACUAUCAUGGUUUACAAAAAAAGUACUAUAUCUACAAGUGUUCUGUCUGUGGGGCGUUUGUGAGCGAAAAAUUAAGAAGACACUUACAAGAAAAACAUAAAUACUCAUGGUCGGAUGCCAGGCUACAGGAAACAAAGAUGCGUGUAUUUUUUCUGUGGUGCAACGCGACAAAACAUGAAACACAUUUACCGUUGCCGUGUAUGGAGUGCAGCGAAUGGCAUACGAGGCUAGAUCAUCAUCUCAAACGUCAUCCUUUUCAUAAACAGAUGUCUAUGGAAGAAAUAAAAGAAACAGUAGAGCAAGCUAGGGCUGAACAUUGGAGCAAAGGAUUUGGCCAAAAUGGCAGUAAAGUACCAAGUGAGGACAAAGUAACAGAAAAGUUUAAAUCUAACCUAAAUGUUGAGGCGGAUGGCGACGAUUUUGUGUCAAGAUCACAGCCAGUGCCUUUGCAACAUGAUCAUCCAAGUUUGGACUAUAUUCCGUCAGGAUCUUGCCGUCUCACUUCGUCCAAACGAAAGGAAUGGGGUGUAAAACCUGAUGAUUUUUUUAGUAUUUAUUUUUCCACUGCUGAUGACUUGCUAGACAAUUUUCAAGAAGAACUGCUACAGUCUGGCCAUACAAAAGACAACUCAACUCAACAUAGAAACCAAGUUGAAUUAAUAUGGACAUCGAUAAGCAAAGACCUCGUCAUGUUUCCUAUAAAUCCCCUUUCGAACAUGCAUUUGUUAAGGGAUUAUUACCAUCGGCCUACAUUUAAAACUAUUGGCAAAAAGGAUGGAGUGCAGGCGAGCACCUUGCGUGCACGUUAUGGAUCUUUAGGAAUGUUUUUACAGUACCUCCGACGUAACGAGAUUUUUGCUGGAAUGAGCAGAUUGCAGCUUUCCUCUCUUUCACAAUCUGCUAAUGAUUUCAACAAGCAGUUAAACCCGUUGGUGAAGCAGAGAAAGGUCGAAAUUAGAAAGAACAAGUGCAAGCAGCUGCUUCGACCAACGCAUUUUAUCAAGUAUGGUGAGAGCAAAUUUGUGCAACAUUUGAUUUCACAAGUGCAGAAGGGAGUUACAAAGAGGAGCCAAUUUACAAGAUCGUUUGCUAUUCAAUUUCGUGACUAUUUGAUCACCAAUUUAGUUAUUGGAAACGGAUUGCGUGCCUCUAACAUUAUCGAGCUGACAACAAAGGAUGUGGAUAAUGCUACAGUUGUGGAGGGCUAUGAAGGACAUAAAGUACUUUCCAACUACAAAUACAAGACAAGUACAAUUUAUGGCGAAAAAUUCAUCGUCGUAAAUGACAUGCUCUAUUUGCAACUUCAAUUUUUCCUUCGCAAUUUGAGAUCAAUAAUUUCAAAAAACCCUUCAUUAAAAGUUUUUCUUCCUGCCUCUGGAGCGCCGAAGAUGAGCCAAACAAAUGUGUCGGCAAGCUUAACGGCAAGUUUUAAACUUGCAAAAGUUUUAUUUCAAAAUGAAUACCAACGCAUUUCAUGUACAAGAGUGCGAUGUGGUCUGGCAACGUUUGCUUGUAACGAUGGCGGCUUUGAAUCAGGUUUUUUUGCGAAGCAUUUUAUGAAAAACAAAGAACAGACGACGGACAUGCACUACAACUUACUGUCGAAUCGCAGACAUGCGUUGAAUAUAGCCAUGAAGCUAUAUGCUUCUUUCAACGGCGUCGAUGGAGAGAAAAUUACGAUUGAACCAAAAGAUGUCCAUGAAAUAGCCGAUAAGCUUAAAAAAUCUUCCGGGAAUCUGAACAAAGAACAGAUACUUCGCUGGUUAAAAAGUAACGAUCCACAUGUCACCAAAAGCGAGUUGGCUGAUUUCGAGGAAAUGUUAGCUGAGUGUGAUCAAAAACCAAGCGGAAAUACUUCAAGUUUCUAUGGUGCUUCGCAGCAGGAGAAAGAUAUUGAUUUUAUUUCCGUUGCUAACUUGGAUGGUACUACCACAGAAAACGAAAAGCUAAGUAGCGAGCGCAGCUCUGAAGAUGGCGACAGUGAUAGCGAGAAUGAAAGUUUUGUUAAUUCCCACGAUGGCAGCUUAGAGGAGCAGUGGACAGAUAAAAAUGUUAAAAACAUCAGCAAAAAAGUUUCUACUAGGACGAAGGUCGAAAUAACAUCUGAUUCCAGUGGCUCAGAUAUAGACUGCGAUCAUCUACAGAGUGAUAUCCAGGACGUUCUGUUUCAAUAUGACCAAAGGCGACCAGGAGAUCUCAUAUAUGCACGACAAAGUGGUGGAAGGAUUGCCUAUUUGAUGUGUGCUCACUUUUGUGAGCCAUUGAUUAUCCGAAAGCCAUUUGAUAAUGAAUUUAGUGUCGAAACAUUUAAAGAUGAAGAAGUGGCUUAUUUUAUAAGUAAAAUUAAGAGCAGUAUUUUGCGCAAACAUCUGGAAAUGUUUACCCCAACGAGUGUUAAAUUUUUCGUACUGGCCCUAAGAAGAAAAUAUUGGUCUAAUGUUAAGCUUAAUUUCACAAAAUGGAAGAGAUUCAGAAAAGAAGGGUCUAGCAUGAUUCAAAUGUGUAAAGAUUACAAUGAUUUUUCUGUUACCUCGCCUGAGCAAAGAAAUAAAGAUAAUGACCUCCAUCACACUAGUCAAACCAGCGAUUACAAAGAAGAGUCAAGUAGCGCCAACCAAGACUUAUCGCAAAAAGACAAUGCCAAAUCUGCGGUCUGCGUCAAGCAAACGAAGAACUAUGAAUUAAGAAAGGCUACCGUCUAUGUACCACCAACAGUAUGCGACACUCCAUCAUUUAUGCAUGACCCAAACGAGGUGAAGCAACAGAAUCCAAAAGCAUCAGAGGUUCUCCAAUCUUGUAACGACCAUUUUACGCGUCCAAAAGAAGAACAGGCUUUGGGGGAUGAGCAAUGUUGCUUGACAAAUGUAGAUCCCUCAAGCAAUUUCAUUUGCAAAAAGAUCGACAGUUAUAUAGGCCAUGGUGUAUUUGCUUUAAAAAAAUUCAUACCUGGCGACUUUCUUCUCCAGUAUCCUGGAAGUUUAGUGACCGCGGAAAAGGGUGAUAAACUGGAAAAAUACUAUGAAAAGAAAGGAAAAGGAUGCUAUCUUUACUUUUUUAAUUACCAUGGAAAAAAAUUAUGUGUGGAUGCUACAAAAAACAAUCGGUUGGGCAAAUUUGUCAAUGACAGCCAGAAGUCCUACGCCAACAGCGUAAUGAAAGUAAAGACGUUUGGUGGGAAACCUUUUCUUUGCUUAUACGCAUUGAAAACUAUUGAGAAAGGUUCAGAGAUCAGAUAUAGUUAUGGCGAAACUUCUGGUCUGACUUGGCGAAAAAUGGCAAACUACAAAAGGCCAUUUUCCUUGACAACUCUGGGUAAGAUGGAUGAAUCAGUAGACGCCAACUUAGAGCUAUCACCUGAUCGAGAAUUAGAUUUAGGUUAAUGUUUCGUUUGUAUUUAAUGGAAGGUCCGUUUAUGUAAAUGUUAGAUUUCACUCUAUAUGUUUAGAUAACUACAGGGUCAGCGGACGUUAAUUUUUUCUAUCUCUUUAAUUUUUAAAUAUGCUACGCUAAAAGUAUUGAACGAUAUUAUUUUUAACUGCCAUUUUGUAUAUUGCGUGUAUAUAUGAUUAUACUCAUUACUGCGUAUCUAACUAUUAACUUUUAGUUGGUUCUUACAAACUAAGAUUUGGAUAGUUACAGUACUAUUUUAACCUAAUUUAGUGAUAAUUUCUGAUCUUUGGCGAAACUAUAGCGCUGUCCCUGUAAAUGUAUUUAUUCAAUCUGUAAUCAGUGUUGAUUUAAAGAUAAUUAUAGUUACGAAAUAAUUAGCUUGUAAUGGUUGCAAUGGUUGUUUUGAUUAUCCCAGUAAUAAUCCUUUGUAAACAAUUAUGCAAAACUGCACCAUUACUUUUAGUUCAUCUGUAGCCAAUUAUUGCUUAGUUCUUGUUACACGAUAAAUUAAAAGACACACAAAA